AUGGAUAUGGACUCUAAUAAUGUUGAAGGGUCAUUCUUAAAUCCGAUCAAGUUUCAAAGCUAUGCUGGCAAUGGUGCAAGCGGAUAUGAGGAUGAUCCAUCAAUGUCAAUGCUGAAUGAUCAUUCUACGUCAUCAUCAUCAUCUGCUACCAUUACUCCAACGACAAUAUCCACUAGCACAUUUACAUCGCCAAUGGAUCACCAAGAGACACUCAUGUUACAAUAUCAGCAACAACAGCAACAACAACAACAACAACAACAACAAUAUGGACAGUUCCAACAACAACAACAACAACAACAACAACAACAACAACAACAACAACAACAACAACAACAACAACAACAACAAUGGCAAUCCCAAUCAUUUAAUCAGCCAAACUCGUACAAUAACAACACCAACAACAACAAUAACAAUAAUUAUAGUAAUAAUAGUCAAGACACUUUAAAUAAUAAUAAUAAUAAUAGUGUCAGUAUCAACCAUUUAAAUGGAAAUAGUUCAAUGGAUUAUAAUAAUAAUAGUAAUAGUAAUAGUAGUAAUAAUAACCAUACUGCUGCUGCUACCUUUAAUCUAUAUCAACAACACAAACAACAACUACAACAACAACAACAACAACAAACCAAUAUGUAUACAACAAAUCAAACUACUUACAACAAUCAAAAUGUAAUGAGUAAUCUUCAAUACAUCUACACCCAACAUCUGUUACAACAACAACAACAAAUGCAACAAUUACAACAAAUGCAACAACAACAACAACAACAACAACAACAAGUAUCAUCAAAUGAUCAAUAUCAAUAUUCAAUGGAUUCAAACAAAUCAAAUGACUAUUUAAAUAUGAGUGGUUUCCAAAAUAACAAUGAUAACAAUAAUAAUAACAGUACUAACAACAAUAAUACAAAUGGAAUUGAAUUGGAUGAUAAAACAACAACAAUACUACGUAACAAUAACAAUAAUAACUAUUCCUCAAUUUAUGGAAAUGGAAGUGGAUAUAAUUCAUCCACUAACAACAUAAUAUCAAUCAAUCAAUCUCCAACACAACAAUACUAUUCACCUCCCAAUUCCCCACCGGCCCAAAUGCUCACGGGAAACACUACAACAUCUGGAUCUGACUCAAUGUCUACCACCACCAACCUGUAUACAACAAACCAAACUAAACACUCAUCUUCAUUACCACAUAUUGAUCCUGAAGUCAAAAGAUACAUCACACAUGCUGUACAAAACUAUUCAAACAACCUAUCAUCAUCAUCAACAACAUCAUUAUCAUCAUCGCCAUCACCUCAAUUUUCCAUCAUCAUGUCACUUGGUGCAAACACCACUCUCAAACAAGAGAUUGCCUUGUCGCUGGCUGAACUCUCCAACGACUCGUCGACCAACUACUCGAUGCCCGAGUACGACCUGCCAGUCAGCCAGUCAUCAUUUACCAAGAAGCUCGUCAACUUUUCGCUCUUUAGAAUGAUGAUGCUUCCUGAUGCCGUCAACACCAACGUUCCCAUCCCACCAAUACUCGCGACAACAACAACAACAACAUCGGCUCCCACCACUACACUCAAUACUCCCAUGGCCGGCUCCAUCCCAGGAGCUCCCUUUAUGUCACCGUCAUUAGGUAGUAGCCAUGGUGGUGUGCCACCCAGUCCCACCAUCCCCAACCACCACCACCAUAACCACAGUGUCAUGGGUAUUCCACCUCCAAUGCCAUUCGAGCCAUUGUCCUUGUCGGGUGGAUCCACCUAUGAUUCACUCGACCAUGACAAUGUUGUCAAGGAAUCCAACUCGACGCCUGGAGGUGGUGACGAGACAUUCCUCAACCUGAGUGGAGAGAUUCAUCACAAUUCUUCCCAUUCCAUUUUGUAUAUCAACCAAAACCACACCAGCAAUAGUACCAAUAAUAGCAAUGAUAGUAUAGAUAAUACUAAUAUAGAUAUUAAUAGUAGUAGUAGUAAUAAUAGUAAUAAUAAUAGUAAUAAUAAUAAUAAUAUAAAUUUAAAUCAUGGUAAUGGUCAAAACAAAAAUGCAUCAUCUGUUGUUUUCAUAGACCCAUUGUAUGGGGUCAGCGCCACACAUACUAUCAGUGCCCAACCUCCAUUGUACCAAACACCAACCAUCCAACAUCUUCCCAGACAAAUCCUUCCCUCGUCUGUUCCAUUAGUGUCGUCACAACCCAUUUCCAUUGUACAAUCAACACAAAAAAAGAGCAGAAAGAAGAAAAAACAUGUUGAUGGCCAAGAAGAAGAGGAAGAAGAAAUACAAGGGAGCGACGACGACGAUUCAAGUCAAGAUAUAAUGAGUAGUCAAGAUGAAGACAAGACAAGCCACGGGGACGAAUUCAUGUCAGAGUCUAUAUCUUCUUCCUCUUCUCUUUAA